ACUUGCAGUGCAGCCAGACACCAGCAGCAGCAUCCAGCACGAAGGUAACGCGGCGCACAAACCCGGCUGGCCAUAUUGUGCUCCCCGGUAAAUCGGCUGCGUCACACCUUCAAAAAGCACACAGGAACACUGGAACCAUAGAGCCAAUAGAUCAGGAGAAAGACGGUGCUUCAAAACGCUACAUUCGGCUGAGCUGGGAAAAUGGUUAAACUGGGGAAUAAUUUCAGCGAGAAAAAUAACGGGAAGGUUGUUUCUGAAGACGGAUUUGACACCAUCCCUCUCAUAACACCAUUAGAUGCCAGUCAGCUGCAGUUCCCUCCACCUGAUAAGGUGGUGGUUAAAACAAAGGCAGACUAUGAUUGUGAGAGCAAGAAGGGGAAGCUACGAUCUCCUAAAAUCGCAGAGUUCUCCAUAAGUAUCAUUGAAGGCGUAUCUGAGCGACUGAAAGUGACCUUGCUGGUGAUCUGUGCCCUGGCCUUCCUGGUGUGUGUGGUGUUUCUGGUGGUCUACAAGGUCUAUCAGUACGAGCAGCCCUGCCCUGACAGCUUCGUUUACAUGCAAGGUCGCUGCAUGCCGGCUGGGAUAUAUGGAGGCUACCCCCCUCAGGGCCCUGGGGGCCGCGGGCGCCUUUUCACCCUCAUCAACCACUACAACCUUGCCAAGCAGACCAUCACUCGGUCAGUAUCACCGUGGAUGACCAUCAUGUCUGAGGAGAAGGUAACACAGCAGGAGACGGAGACCGCUCAGAAGCUGGCUUAACCUACCUGAGAUCAGGAGGCGGUCUCCCUGCAGAGAAAAAUUAAUAAACAAAUAAAUAACUUGGUUGUGCCAUUCAAGCAAACCUCAGAGAGUCCAGUGGCUUUCUGUGGGUGAAAAUCGACUUUUCUCAUUGCCUGAGGUGCUCUGCUGCCUUGUUGAUGUAGUUUGGUCUGCUGGUGUGUGCUGUAGCAGGGAGUGUGUGGAAACUUUGAACAAGCCUUGCAGUUUGGUGGAUUCAUGGUUUGUUUGAAUAGCAUAUGUUGUUACUUAUUUACACUUCAAAAGAGAGUGGCAGACGUAUACAAAACGCCACUGGAAUAUAAACACAGACACACACUCACUGUCUUUGUACAUAGACACAUGUAAUAGAACCCACUUUAGUACUCACUUUGUGAAAUGACUGUGAACCAUCUCUUGUCUGCGUCGCUUCUUUUAAUGCACCGCACGCAGGAAUCUGAAAACAAUCAAUUUGCUUUGACUCUCCUUUCUUUUCAAACACAUUAAGUACUGUUAGUGCAUGUGAGUGGUAAAUUCUACAGUUUGCAGCAUUUUUACCACUGAGGGUAUCUGAAUCAAACUAUUUCAUUGUUACAAUAUUGUGGAUUAAUGAUCCUUGACCUGAAGGAAAGCUUUUAACCAGCGAUUAAAAAAAACAAUUUUAAUGAUGUUGUUUUGAUACAGCCUUUACUGCUCUCUGAAUAUGUUUCUCUGAUUCUAAUAAGGUGCUGUAAAGGAGUUUUUAGUAUUUGAUGCAUCAAGUCUUUUGAACCAGCAUUAAUGAUUGUCUCCAUUCAUUUGAACUCUGUGUGAACACCAUGGGGUUUUCUUUUGAACUCACCUUAUGGUUACUUUUCUUUGCAUACAGUUUAUUCAACUGUACUGAAUGUUUUUGGCAUUUCUAGUGAAGACACCGUAUUGUGUAAUGCUUCGCAUUGAUAAAUGUCACCAUGACAGACGGCUGUUUGUAGCCGUCACAGAUAAUAGACUUAGGUUGAUGUAAACUUAACAGCAGUCGCUUGUCUUGUUGCUUUUUUCUGUAUUUGUCCUCUAACUUAAACUGUCACAAAUGAUGUACCUUUUCAAACGAUGUAAUGAUUACCAUUGAAGUGCAUUUGCUACAUAAACAUGUCAAAUGAAAAACUGAAAUAAAGUGCCCACAUUUCA